AUGAUUAUGGCUCGCACUUCUACCUUUCUCAUCUCGCUUCUUGCAGGUCAAGCCUGCGCCCACACUUUCAUCUGGGGCGUCUUCGUCAACGGCAUAGACCAAGGAACCUUCAAAGGCGUCCGCAUCCCCGCCUACAACGGCCAAAAUGGCAAAGGCGGCUACAACAACUCGCCCGUCAAAGACCUCAACUCCAUCGACAUGCGCUGCAACGUCAUGGGCGACAUCCAAGCCCACGACACCAUCAAAGUACAGCCUGGCGACAACCUGACCUUCGAUUGGCACCACGACGUCCGCAACAACAAAGACGAUGUCAUCGCCAACUCGCACCAUGGCCCCUCGCUUAUCUACAUCUCGCCCGAUCCGCCGACGGAGAACUCCUUUGUCAAGAUCUGGCAUGAGGGGAAAUUCGAAAGUAAUCCGUUUCCGCAGGCGGGCAAGUGGAGUACCACCGGUGAUAUUGCGAUGAACUUUGGGCAUAUGAAUAUUAGGGUGCCGGAGGGGUUGAAGGCGGGACACUACAUCAUUCGUGCGGAGAUGGUUGGUCUGCACGAGGGCGAUGUGAGCUAUCUCGCGAACCCGAAGAGAGGCGCACAGUUUUACCCCGACUGUGUUCAGAUUGAGGUUGAAGGCGAUGGCGAGGUGGAGUUGCCUGAGGGCGUGAGCUUCCCUGGAGCGUACUCUUAUGAGGAUCCGGGUGUUGUGCACAACGUAUACUGCUCCACCGAGACAAAAAAGCCGAAGACGUCUACUACUCCCUGCGUCACCGACUACGUUAUCCCAGGUCCUACUGUAUGGUCUGGUGCCUGGGCUGAGACUACCGCUGUCCCAGUCGGACCUGUCGAUGGUGUUACCACUGCUACGGCAUGGAGCACAUGGAUUGGCACUGAUAGUGUCGUCACCAGUGCGACGUUUGCGGAUGUGAAGAGUCAGACGAUUGUGGGAAGUUCGAAGUACACUGCGAGUUGGAGUGACACGUAUGCUACGCCUACCGCAACGGCUGCACGUUGGUAG